AUGAGCUCAGCUACGACUACUACCACUCUCGCAUCAACCAAUGGAGAAUCAACGGGUAUAUUGAAAUUGAGAGGACACCGAGAAGAUCAUUUCCCAGAACUGAAAACAAGAGGUUGGACAGUAGUAAAGAAUGUGAUCCCACCUUCGAAAGCAAGAGAAUAUGAAGAUCGAGCGUAUAGAUGGCUGGAAAGUUUCGGUAAAGGUUUUGAUAAGGAUGAUAGGAGUACUUGGAAACCUGAUAAUUUACCUUGGUUCGCAAAAGGUGGACUGUUCAAUCGACAUGGAGCAGCUCACGAACAAUGGGCAUGGGAUAUAAGAUCUGAAGAAGGGAUCAUAGAUGCAUUUGCAAAGAUUUGGGGAACGGAUGAAUUGUUGGUUUCGUAUGACGGAGUCAACGUAUCUCUCCCUUUCAAGAAUGAAGAUCUAGGUGAUAGAGGUCAACCAUGGCCUCAUGUCGAUCAAAGUCCAAAUAGGACAGGUAAAGAAUGUAUUCAAGGUAUAGCUAAUUUGGCACCUAAUGGACCGAAAGACGGUGGAUUGAUGAUCCUCGACGGCUCUUUCCCACUAUACAAUCAGUAUUUCGCAGAACAUCAACAUCUGAAACCUUCCGAUGGAUGGGAUUGGAGAGAUUCAUAUUCUUAUCCUGAGGAGACCCUUCAGUGGUUUUACGACAAGGGAUGUAAAUGGGUUAAAAUAGAGGCUGGACCGGGAGAUUUGAUCCUGUGGGAUAGUAGGACUGUACAUUAUGGGGCGCAUGCUGAGGGCGAUAGACCUAGGGUGGCUACUUAUGUCUGUUAUAAACCGGCUGAGGGGAUUAGUCCCGAGAGGAUGGAACUCAGGAAGACUGCAUUGGAAGAUUACUCAGGUACAUCCCACGACCCAAUCAAUUUCCGAUUGACCGGUACCAACGUUGCUGGACCUUUAUCGCCAGACGAGAAACAACUGCCUAAACAACCCGCCGUCUUAUCUGAGCGAGCUAAGAAAUUGGCUGGUAUUGUGGCUUAUUGA